UGUUGAAAGGUGGAUAUUCAAACCAACCAAUCAGAACUGUGCAACGACUCAUCAUCGCGGCAGUUUUGAAACCGGGGAUCUGACCAGAGGAAGAAAUUCAACAACACAGCACACCCCUGUUUUGUUUUGGUCGGUUGUUAGAGUAGCGUUUUUAAUCUCUACACCUCCUAGUAGUCUCUCCAGCUCAAAUACAAAUACACGGCAUUGUUUCUCUAAUCAUGGACGAAGCGGGACCCGAUAGCAAACUGUGCAGAAAAGAGCUGCGUAAACAAAAACUGAUGGAAUACUUGGCAGCGAAAGGAAAGUUAAAGCCACCAAACCCAAAGCCUUACCUACGUAAUGACUACCCAGGGAAGAAGUCUAUCGUGUCUGCACUGGAGCCAGCCAACGGAAAAGAGAACCAGCGUGCGACCAAUGUCAUGAAACAUGAAGUGACAAAUACAGUGAAACAAGUAGCUAAACAUGGCGUACAACCCACUGUUAAAGCACAAGUUAAACAGAGUUUCACAAGAGGUGGUAUCUUAUCUGCCUCACAAAGUGUCAACAGUUUAUCUGCACCCACUGUUCAAACACGCCCUCCAGCGAUUAAAGGAAAACCUUUGGUUACGAGGACAUACACAAUUGCAGCACUCAAAGCAAGGGCCGGGAACAAUCAACUGCCCAAGCAGUCUGAGACAUUAGUGAAAUCCACUAUUCACCUGAGCACAGUAAAGUCCAGCGCCUCAUCUGCACAACAGACCAUCACACACCCCCACAGGACAUCUCAUGCCAAAUCAGGCUCCAUCGCAACUCACUAUGUCGUAGAAACUAAAAAAGGAAAUUUACCUGUGGGACCCCGCCCGAGGAAUGUAAAAUCAAACCCAACCCAAGGUCGUUCUGCAAUCACUACGACCACUACGGCAUCUAACGUAACCCGAGUACGCUCAACAAGUGCCCCUUCAGCGCCAAAAGCAAAUCUGAGCACUGCGAUACACAAGCCCUUCCAAAGCGGGGCCACUGUGUCGCGGGCUGCCAGCCUCAUCUCCCACGAUCGACCUGCCAGCCGUGGCCACGCCAAGCCGGUCUCAACCAAACCACUCCAGCCGUCGCAGCCGGCUCGUCCUUCCGCUGCAGGUAAACAGACCCUCCUAUCAACCAGAGCCACGGCGGCGACUGGGAGGUUGAUUCUCACCCAUCGAGUAGGAAAAACAACCGGCGCCUUGCAGGGCAAGCCAGCGAGGAGAACCGCUGACGAGAGACCUGACCAUGCACGACAAGCCGCGUUCGGUACUGGGACGAGUGCAGGAACAAAAAGCCAACGCGGCGGAGGGUCUGCCGGGGGACCAGGGAACCAUUUGGGGGCGAAAGGACGCGUGCUUGAAGGGAACGAGGCCGACACUGCAACCAUACCGCCCAGAAGGACCACAACAUCGAGCCCUCCGGUCAUCCCGCAGACGCUGCCUCGUUCUGGUACACGCGUGCCGAAGACACCCGGACUGCAGGGCAGCCGGGCCCCCCUGACCGAAGGGAAGAAGUCCACUGCCGCCCAGGAGGAGAGGAUGAUAAAGCUCCAGGAGUGGCGCGACACCAAGGGCAUCUCCUACAAGCGCCCUCCCAUGCCGGUGAGGCCCCAGUCGAGACGCACCCUGGCCCUGCCCCAGCCCUACUGGGCCACCAUGGAGGAGGACGAGGCCCACUCACUGAUCAGUGCUGUGGACAGGUCCCUGGACGACUGCAUCAAGCUACUGACAGAGGAUUGUUCCCCGGAGCACGUGACCAAGGUCCUGUCUCGCUUACCUCCGUUAGCCAAGAAAUUUGCCAAGUACUGGAUCUGCCAGGCCCGAAUCAUGGAGCGACAGGGAAACCUGGAUGUGUUGCCCAUGUUUGAGGAGGCAGUCCGCCUUGUACUAGAGCCCGUGGACGACCUGCGGACCGUGGUGUUUGACAUACUGAAGAAACGGGAUGAAAGUGAGCGCGCUAAAGAGAGAGUGGAGGAGGAGGAGGACCAAGAGGAGAUCCAGCGAGAGGCCUCUUCCCUUGGGCCAGACGCUGUGGGCACCCCCCAGCCUGUCAGAGCCCUCAUCCAGGGAGAGAGGGGCUACUCCUCUGCAGUGAAGUACAAGAUAACAGCCACUCCUGGGGGCGGUCAGAGCCAGCAGAGGGGGCGUUUCCGGGUCGACGGCCAGGAGGUGCGCUUCUUCACCCCCGUGAGACGCUCGGUGAGGAUCGAGAGGGCCUCCCUGGGCUACCCGGCCUACCUCCGCGAGCAGGACCCGUGCGUGGCCUCCUACGACGACCUCCUGGCCGAGGACGAGCCGGAGGGGAGUGGGGAGCGGCAGGAGGCGAGCGGCGGAGUGUCUCACCAGUGCACCGCUACGCCCGUCUACGUUUACCGAGAGAACGAGGCCCUCCAGGACCAGGUGAAGGUGCAGUUGGUCUACGACGACGACGAGUGAGCUCGGCAGCAUUCGAGUGAGGGCGGGGUUGAGUCGGCUUGAUCCUUCACACGAUCCUUCACAGAAACUCACACUCCUAUCUAUCCUUAUGUCACGGGAGACAUACAGGCCCUUGAAAUUUUGCAUUUUAACGAACUGAAAAUUUUAAAUAUUUAUAUUUCUUGGUCACAAUUACAUGGUUCUAGAAAUAACUUUGUAACUUAAAAAAAAAAAAAAAUUAUACUUGUGCUGGACAUCGAAUUCAAAAGCAUGGGUUUUGUAUGUGUGUGUAUAUGUAUUUUUCAUGAAAAGGUUGUAAAGGCUCAGAUUUUUCCCCCCUAUGACCCUCCUAGAUUGUAUUGAAUGAGAUUUGGUAGUGACAAAGAUAAAUGUCUUAUUUCGUGAUGCAUAUUUCAUACUGUGCAUAUUGUAUUGUACGUCAUUUCUCACUCACUUCAAAAAUAAAUUAAAACUUCUCAAGGGACAUAUUUCAGAGGUUUUCACACCUGGUGCACAUUGAGUAUCAGUGUGCAGUUGUGCACACGUUAAACCAGACAUCUCCACAUACACUCUGGGAGACUUCGCCUAGAUGGCAACAUGGAACUGCAUCCGGUCAACAUUUUAUCUUUAAGCUCUAUCGAGGGCAAGUCUUGUAGCCCUGUUUUGUACAAUUUGAAGUUUAUUUAAGUCAGUCUUAGAGGCAUAGCCCCAAAUCAAGUCAAGAUGGCAUAAUACUAAUGUUUGAACAUCCUGUCUCCGUAGAGUAGCUGGUAAGCAGAUGGCACAUUUCCAGACCGUAGCAAUGCUUCUACUCAUCUUGGCAGCUAUCUGCCUAACAUGAUCAGUCCAGGACAGUGUUAAAAAUGGACAGUCCUAAAAGCUUUAACUUACUCUCCUGCUUGACUGGCUUGACUGACAUCGUUCGAGAAAUCUCCCGAACCUCCCGGUGGCCAGUCCGCCCCUGGCCUUGAUCCAAAGACGGUUCUGACAGUUUUUGAUAGGUUUAAAACAAAAAGUCUAUAUGCUGUAACCCACUUGACCACUGCAUUCAGAUCUUGUGACAGAGCGGACUUAAGUUUACAGCAUGUAGAUGCAGAAUAGUACAGUGUAGAAUCGUCAGCAUAUAGAACCAUAGUGGACUUUUGAAUAACGAGAACGAGAUCAUUCGUAAAAAUUGAAAAUAAAAGCGGACCCAUACAACUUCCUUGCGGCAAACCACAGUCAAGGUUAAUGCUAUUGGACAGAGUACCAUUCAAGAGAACCCGCUGGGUUCUGAAUGAUGAGUAAUUCUCAAAUCAAGAGAUUGCCAUGGGUCCAAAACCAUAGUGUGUACGUUUUUCAAUCAACAACUUGUGGUCAAUAAGGUAAAAUGCAGCGCCGAAGUCAAACAUGACGGCACCAGAUAACAAAGAAUUGUCAAUCCCCCUUAACCAAUCAUCAGUCAUUUUUACCAAGG